AUGUAUGGAAGUUCUCGUUCCGUCUCCAAGCUAGAUGCAGUGGGGUCCAACAGUAACGGGUCAGGCAGUCCCGGACGCUCCCCCCGACUCCCUCGUUCCCCGCGUAUGGCUCACCGGCGAAAUGGCAGCAGCGGCUCUGCUGGCGGUCUCACCGGUUCUGGGAAAACCUUAUCCAUGGAGAAUAUCCAGUCGCUCAAUGCCGCUUACGCUACAGGGGGUCCUAUGUAUUUCACAGAAGGUACUGAAGACCCGGUGGGACUUGGGAGCCUGGGAAGUGGACUGAACCCAUCUAUGCCCAAAAGCACCAUGACCCUGGGCCGGGCUGGGGCGAGGGUGCCCUACGGCGUACGGACCGCUUUUGUGGGAAGCAGCCCUACAAUCAACUCUGGAGGAGUGGGCACUGCUGGGGUCAUGUCUAGUGAUUCCAUAGCAUUUGGUGGGGAGGUGCAAAGCCAACCCACACAGGCUUCAACUGUGCCCCACUCCAUGAGACAGGUGCGGGACGGUGCCAUGACAGACCUGCAGAGCCAACUGAGAGAAGUGCUAAGAGAAAAUGAGCUUCUGCGGAGAGAUCUGGAUGCAAAGGAGUCCAAACUAAGCUCGUCCAUGAACUCUAUCAAGACAUUCUGGAGUCCGGAGCUGAAGAAAGAGCGUGCGCUGAGGAAGGAUGAAGCCACCAAAAUGAGCGUGUGGAAGGAGCAAUAUCGGGUGGUGCAGGAGGAAACACAGCAUCUCCAGUGCACCAUCCAAGCCUUGCAAGAUGAGCUCCGAAUCCAACGCGAUCUCAACCAGCUCUUCCAGUCGGAUUACUCCGAAACCGGCCGCCUGGGUUCCCAGGCCAUCUCCCCUCAGGAAAUGACCGAGGAGAACUUCCUGCGUCUCCAUGGCGAAUACGAGCGGCAGGUCAAGGAGCUCUUUCUCCUGAGGAAGACUGUGGAAGAGAUGGAGCUAAGGAUAGACACGCAGAAGCACACUUUAAAUGCCAGGGAUGAGUCCAUUAAGAAGCUCCUGGAAAUGCUGCAGAGCAAAGGACUGUCAUCUCGUGCCACUGAGGAGGACCACGAGCGGACGAGGCGACUGGCUGAUGCCGAGAUGACCAUCCAUCAGCUGGAAGGUCUGCUGGAGCAGAAGGACAAGGAGAUGCUCCUUCUCAGAGAGGAGCUGCACAGGAGGUACGAAGCAGCUCCUGAAUCCACCAAGACCAAAGCCCUGCAAACAGUCAUUGAAAUGAAGGAUGCCAAGAUCAGCUCGCUGGAGCGCGCCAUGAGGGAGCUGGAGGAAGAGGUGAACAUGCUCAAGUCCAACGGAGCACUCAGCAGCGAGGAGCGAGAGGAGGAGAUCAAGCAGAUGGAGGUGUACCGAUCCCACUCCAAAUUCAUGAAAAAUAAGGUUGAUCAGCUGAAGGAAGAGUUAGGUCACAGCCAGUCAGAGAAGGAGGAGCUAAGAGAACGGGCCAAUGAGCUGCAGCGCGAGAUGGAUCAGGUGAAGCAGGAUUUAAACCGCAAGGACAGUGAACUGUUGGCGCUCCGGACCAAACUGGACACUCUGAACAACCAGUUUUCCGACAGCAAGCAGCACGUGGACGUCCUCAAAGAGUCGCUCACCGCCAAGGAGCAGAGGGCUGCCAUAUUACAGACCGAGGUGGACGCUUUGCGCAUUCGCCUGGAGGAGAAAGAGUCACUUCUGUCCAAAAAGAGUCAGCAAAUAUCCGAAAUCUCGGACGAGAAGAGCACGCAGAACGGAGAAAUUAGCGACCUCAAGGACAUGCUGGACGUCAAGGAGCGCAAAGUCGUCGUGCUUCAAAAGAAGAUUGAGAACCUCCAGGAUCAGCUGAAAGACAAAGACAAGCAGCUAACCGGCCUCAAAGGACGAGUCAAGUCCUUACAGACGGACACGUCCAACACCGACACGGCUCUGGGAACGCUGGAGGAAGCUCUAUCUGAGAAGGAACGGAUCAUUGAACGAUUGAAAGAGCAGCGAGAAAAAGAGGAAAGAGAAAAGGGGGAUGAGGUGGAGUCCACCAAGAAGGAGCUGAAGGAGCUGCGGGAGAAAGUUUCCCAGAUGCAGGCUGACCUUGCAGACCGCGAGGCAUCACUUUUGGACCUGAAGGAGAAGGCCUCUUCUCUGGCCUCCUCGGCUCUUAAGAAGGACAACCGGCUGAAAAGCAUGGAGAUUGCAUUGGAGCAAAAGAAGGAGGAGUGCGUCAAACUGGAGAACCAACUGAAGAAGGCUCAGAGCGCGGCGGCUGAGUCGGCGGCCAGCGCCGAGCUGGCGCAACGCAUCUCCUGCCUGGAGCAGGAAGUGAGCCGUCACAAGGAGGACGCUGGCAAGGCUCAGGCCGAGGUGGAGCGGCUCCUCGAGAUCCUCAGGGAGAUGGAGAACGAGAAGAACGACAAGGAGAAAAAAAUCCACGAGCUGGAGAGGCAGAUGAAAGAUCAAUCCAAAAAGGUGGCCAACCUGAAGCACAAAGAGCAAAUAGAGAAGAGCAAGAACGCCCAGCUGAUGGAGGAGGCCAAAAAAAGGGAGGACAACAUCAACGAGAGUUCCCAGCAGAUUAAAGAUUCCAUGCGCUCUAAGGAGGAGCGCAUCGAGGAGCUGGAGGAGGCCCUGAGGGAAAGCGUUCAGAUAACAACCGAGAGGGAGUUGGUGCUGGCCCAAGAGGAGCAUGCCCGCACACAUGCUGAAAAACAGGUGGAGGACUUGCUGGUUGCCAUGGAAAAGGUGAAACAGGAGCUGGAGGUGAUGAAAGCCAAGCUGUCUUCCACUCAGCUGUCACUGGCCGAGAAGGAAGGUCACCUGACCGCCUUGCGGGCCGAGCGGCGGAAGCACCUGGAGGAGGUUCUGGAGAUGAAACAAGAGGCGCUGCUGGCCGCCAUCAGCGAGAAGGACGCCAACAUCGCCCUGCUGGAGCUCUCUUCAUCCAAGAAGAAGAAAACCCAGGAAGAGGUGGCGGCCCUCAAGCGGGAGAAAGACGGGCUAGUUCAUGAGCUCAAACAGCAGACUCAAAACAGGAUGAAACUGAUGGCGGACAACUAUGAGGAUGAGCACCUGAAGGCAUCGUCUCCCAACGCGGAGCUGCCUAACAAUCACAAGCCCUCACCAGAUCAGAUUCUCUCUCCUCUCCUGGAUCUGGACCAGAACCGCAGUAAGCUGAAGCUAUACAUCAGUCACCUGACCUCGCUGUGUCAGGAGCGAGACCCUGUCAUCCUGCGAGACUUCGCCCCACCGCCCGCCUAUCACCGCGCCGACUCCGCCGAAUCCUGGCGCGAGCAACUGCGCGGCAUGACGCAAGAACAGUUGGAGGCGGAGUUGGCGCUGUGUGAGCGGGAGGGGGCGGAGCUCCAGGAGUACGCCAACCAGGUGCUGCAGCAGAUCGCAGACCGCUGCCCGGACAUUUUGGAACAGGUCGUCAGCGCCCUGGAGGACAGCAGCUGA